AUGGAUGAGCUUGGUGUUCUUCAGCAAAUUGGAAAUUGGCAUUUUGCACAUUCUUAUGUUCGAGGAAAUUGGAACACUGCUGGAAGUAGUUUCUCACUUCUUGCUAAGUCUUGUCAUGAUAUAGUAAUUUCAUCCUGGAUGAGUCAGCAGAAAGGAAGUGGUGACAAAGCAUCUUGUGAAUGCACAGGAGUGUCAUCAUUUGGAUCUUUGAUUCAUUUUAAAAAAGAAAACAAGCCAGAAGGUGCUGGGGAUAGAUGUUUCGAAUGUUCAGUGGAGAAGUCAUGUCCAUAUUCUGUAUCGAAGAUAUAUCUUGACAGGGCAAAACAUGGAAACUGGGGUUGGCCUGUUUCUAUUGUAACUGAUGUAGAGGAUAUUGCAGUGUUAACUGAUCGACUCCAGAACGGUCCUUAUGGAAGAUGUGUUUAUGAAUGUGAUAAUGAUGUCUGUGAUAAUCAGGUUGUGAAUUUCCAAUUUAGUGGAGGACAAACAGCAUCUUUUACGAUGGUUGCAUACACUGAAAGUAUAUGCUCGAGAAAGACAAAAGUAUUUGGCACCAAGGGUGAAAUAUCAUAUGUUGGGGGAUCACACGUGAAGCAUUAUGAUUUCUUGACCCGAAAUACAAAGGAAUAUCAUUGUACUGCUGGAUUGGGUGAAAUGACAAGAAUGAGAGGACACAGCGGUGCUGAUUUCCAUCUUAUGGAUGCUUUUGUGAGAGCGGUUAUGUAUAAUGACCCAAGUUACAUCCGAAGUGGACCUGAUGAAACAUUGAAAAGUCAUAUGUUAGUAUUUGCUGCAGAAGAGUCAAGAUUAAAAGGGGAAACACUGAAAGUAUCAAGUGAUGGAAACUGGUCAUAGUCAGGCGAUUUACAAGACUUUCAUUGAGGAGACCAUAAUUUUCCUUAUAUAAAUUGUUUUAAGACAUUCAUAUAAAUCUAGCAUAAUCUUUCUCUGUAAUAACGAGUUUAUUUGUCAUUACUAUCAUCGACAUGUCAUAAUGCAUCGUUUCCAGUUACAUAACCUCACAAAUCACAAUCCAACGUCCAUUUAUGCUUCCUUGGGGACAAAAUUCAAUUUGA